CAUGCGCAGAGAUCUUUGUCACCUGCAGGAAAUCACAAACGAACAGGGAAGUCAGGCCCUCAGGACUGGAUGUUGGACUGAAAAAAAUAAAACCAAGCAGUUCACUGAUAGAUAGUUGACGUGUCCUGUUGCUCUCGGCGUGCCAAGAUGUUUAAAAAACUUAAGCAGAAGAUAAACGAGGAGCAGUCGCCGCAGAGGAAUGCGCAGACACCACAGCAGCAGGCCCAGAUGGGCAGCGGAGAGCGGCGCAGCAGCCAGACACCGCCUUUCCAUCAUGACGGCUCGCCCUCUCCCAGUGACAGACAGAUGCUGGCCGGGAUGAUAGCAGAGCCCGCUUUUCUCUCUGAGUAUACUAUCUUUGCUCUGGACCAUUCAAACCGACCCAAAACGGCCCAGGUAGCCAGUGUGGUGAGUUUGUCCUCACUUCCUGCCUCCUUCUCCUCCUGCUCCUCCUUCUCCUCCUCGUCCUGUCCCGUUCCUUCCUCCCGUCUUCUGCGCGUUUGGGGAACCGUUAGAGGACUGUGGCUCAAGUAGGGACAGCUUGUUCCCUGGUCCUGUUUGCUUUGGAUUUAGCAUUAAGAAGGCAUCUCACACAAUAACACGACCCUGCAUCUAAUGGGAGAUGUGGUUUAUAUUGUGGGUUAGAUUCUUCUGUGCGUUGUUUCCUGUGUUUGUUCAUUGCCCAACCUUUGAGUUAUCUUAACCUGGUGAAACAUGAAAUACUCCCCCAGUGUCUUUUGGUAGUCUUAGUUGCUUGACUUUUAGGCCUCUUAACAUCCUGCUAUUUUGCCUUGUGGCCUUUGUCCCUUCUUUCUACAGGUCUGUUUAUUUGGAGAAUUGACAUUUUCUGUAUAGGUAUGAAUGUUAAAUUGAGCAGAACUCUUCCAAAUAAACAAACCGAGAGCGUUAUAUUUAUCCUUUUUAUUUAGUGCUAACAUUUUUUUUUGUUCUUGUGUAUGGUUUUAGAAGGAAUACAAGCAAUUUAAUCAUCAGAAAACCUUUACCAGCACUCAUGAGGUUGUUUGAAAAGUUGUUACUAAAUAUAUGCAGAAAAAUUGAAGGUUGCCUUAUUUGUAAGAUGACCCUCUUCUGUCUGAGUGACUCAUAAUAUUUCAGUGUUUAAUAUUACAUGCUUAGUUGGUAGACAAACAGUGUCCAGGAUGUGUAAAUGUGUAUAAAGUACAAAUAAAGAGCUGGCAGAAAGUUUAGUGCCAGCUGCUGGUGAGGACUGUGGUCUGUUUAGAAGACAAGUUUAGAAAAUGUCGCUUUAAAGUCUGAUUAUUUAAGAUAAAUGCCUGUUUUAACUAAUGACCAGCAUUAAAAAAUGCCUGCUGUAAGUUACUCAGACAUAUGCUGAGUUUGAAAAAUGACGUUUUGAUUUUAAGAAAUUUUUGUGCUGCAGGAAAUUGAGGUUUUGACAUUAAGGAUGCAUCCAUAUUUGUUCUUUUUUUCCGGCCAGUUUUUUUUUUUUU